AUGGGAAAGAACAAGAAAGCCCGGAAGGUGCCAGUCACCUCGGGUGCGAUACGCUAUAAGACCAAGGACAUCGAUGCCCUCGUCGCCCAGCUUGACACCCUAAAUAUAUCCUCCCACCUCGCCUUCGAUUCCGACUCCGACUCAGAGGUCGAGCCGCCCAAACCCUUCCAACCCUUCCGCUUCUUCGCUCUUCCCAGCGAACUUCGCAUCCGCAUCCUCGAGCUCCUCCUCGUCCGCGACAAGACCAUCGACCUUGACCCGUCCAACACACGUACCCUGCUCCCCUCCCUCCGCCUCUUCUUCGUUUCCCGCCGCAUGCACGCUGAAGCAUCCCACGUCUUCUACGCACAAAACACGUUCCGCGUCUUCGCUAUCAACGGAAGAUUCUUCCACACGAAGAAGCAGCUGCUGACGCGCCUCGCACCGCAUUACAUCGCGCAGAUGCGGAGCCUAGAGCUGCGGCUCGGUCCAGGGUUCAAUAAACCGCCAAAGGGCUGGGUUGUGGAUCAGCGGCUGCAGCUGCAUCACGCAGCGAACGUGCGUCUCCUGAAGGUUUUCGUGGAACUAGACCCCGCCAGCCAUCCGAGCUUCGAGGGUUUCAGGCAUGACGAUUGUGGGGCGGCGGAGCAGUUCUUCACGACUUUUAGUCUUGGGUUGCUCGGUUGUCUGUUUGGGGAGCUGCCGCAGCUGAAGAGGGUCGAGUUUGAUGCGUACCCGGGGAUCUCGAGGAACAGUCCCCUCAUGAAGGCGCUGGUGGAGGAAACAAGGAUGGGAAGGAAGGAGGUCGGGUGGGGUCCGGAGAGGGGUGGGACAAGAUCGUAG